GGGUGACACCGUUUCUGUGUUGACACCGUUUGAACAACACGUGCCUGAGAGGAAAAUGUCUGAAAAGAAGUUGUUGGAAUACGAAGGAUGCAAUUUCUUUCGGCCGAGAUUGGUUUUGUCGAUAUUGAGUGGGAAAUCGGUGAGGAUAACAAACAUACGAAGUCGGGACGAUAAUCCGGGAUUACAAGAAUUUGAACUCUCUUUCAUCUCUUUACUGGAGAAAUUGUCAAAUGGUUCUAAAGUUGUCAUUAACGAGACAGGAACGACCAUUCUCUUCCACCCGGGUAUGCUCUCUGGAGGAAGCUUCGAUCACGAAUGCAGCAUAGGCCGAGCCGUUAGCUAUUAUAUUGAACCCCUCUUUUGUUUGGCUCCCUUCGCAAAGAAACCCCUCAAAGUCGUGUUACGGGGAGUCACCCACAAUUUAGAUGAUGCCUCUGUCGAUCACAUGAAGUUCUCCAGUUUACCGGUGCUAAAAAGAUUCUUAGGUACAGACGAGGAUCUUGAACUAAAAAUAACUCGUCGUGGCCCGGCUCCUGACGGAGGGGGUGAAGCAGUGUUUUCCUGUCCUUGUCGACAAAAGUUACGACCAAUCCAAUACACAGACCCUGGAAGGGUGAAGAAGAUUCGUGGAAUUGCUUGGUGCGCCAAAGUGUCUCCAGGGACACUCAACAGAUUAAUGGAAUCUGCCAAAGACGUCCUUUCAGAGUUCAUCCGUGACAUUUACAUCCAUUCCGAUCACUGCAAGGGGAAAGAAUGCGGAAAAUCACCUGGAUUUGGUUUGACCCUUGUAGCAGAGACAACAAAAGGGACCUUCCUAGCUGCUGAGGCUAUUUCAAACCCUAAAGGAUCAGACAAGGGACCAUCUGUUGCUGAAGAUGUCGGCAAAAAAGCAGCUUAUUUAUUAUUGGAAGAAAUAUAUCGGGGUGGCUGUGUAGAUUCUCUUAACCAAAGUAUGGCGGCAUUAUUUAUGGUUCUUGGCUCUCAGGAUGUGUCAAAACUUCAAAUUGGACAACUCACUCCAUACACGAUCGGCGUGAUGAGAUUAAUCAGAGAUUUCUUCAAAGUCUUGUUUAAAGUGGAAGAAGCAAAAGAGGAAGACAGUUACGAUGAAGAAGAAUUAAAGACAGGUGACAAAAGGCUCUUAUUGACCUGUGUUGGGGUCACUUACACAAAUGUUAGCAAACCUAUUUUAUAGAAAGCAUAUUUUUAUAAAUUAAACCAUGAAAAAAACUAUC